UGAAAAUGUAAUUUAGGUUUUGAUGGCUUGCUGUGUUUUGUUCACUCUUAUUUUUCCUUCACUUUUUAUAACUUCAUCCAAGCAAUAUUUUUAUCUUCAUUAUUCAUACAUUGAAUUUCAAAUGCCAGACAUGACGCAAACCCCAAUUUACCAGCUCGCCAAACGCUGGUUUUCCGAAGACAAGGAUCCCCGGACCCGCGCGCAAAUCAAGUCCCUCGUCGCCGCCAAGGACGAAGCAAAGCUCGAAGCGCUCCUGCGACAUCCCGUGGAGUUUGGCACGGCCGGCCUGCGCGCGCGCAUGGAAGCUGGUUACUCGCGACUCAACCAGUUGACAAUAAUAACCGCAUCGCAGGGCCUUGCAGCGUAUGUCGAGCGGCAAGUGGACCGGGCGCACAGCCGAGGCGUAGUUAUCGGCCAUGACCACCGGCACAACUCCGAUACUUUUGCAAGGCUGACAGCGCGCGCGUUCCUCGACCGUGGCUUCAAGGUGUACUUUUACCCGGGGCUGAGCUUCACGCCGGCCGUGCCAUUUGCCGUCAAGCGACUGGGCGCUGCGUGCGGCGUGAUGAUCACGGCGUCGCAUAACCCCAAGGACGACAACGGGUACAAGGUGUACUGGGAGAACGGCGCGCAGAUCAAGCCGCCGCUGGACUCUGGAAUUGCGCGGUGCAUCAAGGAGCAUGACGUCCCUGUGAACUGGGACGCACAAAGCGUGGCGUCGCAUGAGAAUAUUGUGGACGUCACUGAGGAUAUGAUUGGCGCGUAUGUUGAGGCUGCACGCACCAUGGUGCAGAGCUCGGAGCUGAACUGCUGCACAGAUCUGCAGUACGUGUACACGCCUAUGCACGGUGUUGGCGCGCUCUUUGUCGAGCGCGUGCUGGGUGCCUUUGGGUUGCCGCCAUUCAUCCCUGUUGUGGAGCAGAUCCGCCCGGAUCCAGAAUUUUCUACCGUUGCGUUCCCAAAUCCUGAGGAGAGGGGCGCGCUGGAUAUGGCCAAGACAUUGGCUGACAAGGUGGGCGUCGGCCUAGUUGUCGCCAACGACCCCGACGCUGACCGCUUUGCUGCCGCUGAGAAGCAGGCCGACGGCUCCUGGCUAGCGUUCACCGGUGACCAGCUGGGUACCAUCUUUGCUGCAGCGACGCUCGAGAGUAUGCGGAAGGAGGGCAUUGCCACUGAGCACAUUGCCAUGGCCAACAGCACGGUCUCGUCGCGGAUGCUUGAGGCCAUGGCGCAAAAGGAGGGGUUCUGUUACGCCGACACGCUGACAGGGUUCAAGUGGAUUGCCAAUGAGCUGGCAGACAUGCAGAAAGAGAGGGGCUGUCAUGUGGGCUUUGGCUAUGAGGAGGCCAUUGGAUAUAUGCUUGGGGACCAGGUGCUGGACAAGGACGGUGUUACCGCCUUGGCCGUCUUCCUGCAGCUUGCUGCCAAGCUGCGCUCGCAGGGAAGAUUGGUUGGUGACUACCUCGAGGAGCAGUACUCCAAGUAUGGAUACUUUGUCUUGGCCAACUCGUACUUUAUUAGCCCUGACCCUGCAAAAACCACAAAAAUAUUCUCGCGUAUCCGCUUUGGCGACUGCAAUGGCGACACUGCUGGCACAGAGGCGAACGACAGGACAGAGUUUGUGCGCGCGCACUGCGGCGACGUGCUGCGGUACCCGAGGACCAUUGGUGGCUUUGCUGUGAGCUAUAUCCGCGACCUGACCACUGGCUUUGAGAUGCGCGAUGUUGAUCAGAAUGAGCACCGGAUGGUUGUUGCUGAAGCGCAGUAUGUGCCUACAUUCCCCGUUUCUUCUGGGUCGCACAUGAUUACCUUUGGGACCCGCAAUGGCGGCCGUCUGACCAUGCGCACGUCGGGGACUGAGCCCAAGCUCAAGUAUUAUUUGGAGGUCAGAAAUGUCGAUAAUAACCGUGGGGCUGCCGCUGAAGAUUUGGAAAAGAUGGUUCACGCUGUGGCUGAUGAACUGGUUCAGGCAGAAAAGAACGGCCUGUAGAUUAUGCAUUUCCACAUAUAGACAAUUUUGAUUAAACACGCGAAUAGA